AUGACUGAAGUACAUUCAUUUGGCAAUCUUCCUGUCAUUGCUCAUGCUUGGAAUAAAGAUCGGACACAGAUUGCCGUUUCUUUGGGUAAAAAUGAUCUUCGUAUAUAUAAUAAACAAGCUGGUAAAUGGAAAUUAACACAUACAUUAUGUGAACAUUUAUCACGUGUAUUAGCAAUUGAUUGGGCACCUAAAACGAAUCGAAUUGUUACUGCUAGUGCUGAUUACAAUGCAUAUGUUUGGACAUUUGAAAAUGAUACAUGGAAACCACAAAUGGUUGAAUUACAACGAACAAGUCGCGCUGUUUGUUGUGCUAAAUGGUCACCGGAUGAAAAUAAAUUUGCUAUUGGUUCAAGUGAUAAAAAUGUAGGUAUAUGUUAUUAUGAAACUGAACAAAGAUUUUGGGCAGCAGAAAUGAUAAAGAAAAAACCAAAAUCAACAGUAACUUGUCUUGCAUGGCAUCCAAAUAAUCAAUUAAUUGCUGUUGGUAGUUUGGAUUAUCGUGUUCGCAUUUAUUCGGGAUAUGUAAAAGCUGUUGAUAAUAAAGCAGAGACAUCCGCCUGGGGAAAAAUUACAAAUACAGGAGAAUUAUUACAUGAAUUUCCAUGUGAAUCGGGUUGGACUCAUGAUGUUGCUUUUUCACCAUCAGGUGAAAAUCUUGCAUGGGUAUCACAUAAUUCAAUAAUAUUUGCUGUUUCAUCAAAUAAUCCAUCUAAAACUACAAUGGAAAUUACAAAUUAUCUACCAUUCCGUUGUAUUAUUUUUGUUAGUGAAUCAACAAUCAUUGUUGCAGGUCAUGAAUUUUCACCAUUGAUUUAUAAUUAUGAUGAACGAAAAGGAACAAUUGAAUUUGUAGAAAAACUUGAUUCACAAGAAACAUCAACUGGAAGACAAUCAAUUGGAGAAGAAAAUGAAUUUUUUACGCCAUAUCAGGCCUCUCGUCUUUUUGAUCAACCAUCAAUGCAAACACAAACACCAGAACCUGUAUCAACUCAUCAAAGCAUGAUCACACAAAUCGUUCCUUAUCAAACAGAAAAUACGAAUUUAGUAAAAAUAAGUUCAGCUGAUUUAUUUGGUCAAGUUGUAAUUUGGAAUUUAAGUGGAAGAAAUAUUCAACAAACUUCAUCACUUAUAAAUCAUAUAGAAAAAAAAUUUCAUAUAAAUAAUGGUACAUCAUAUACGAAUGGACAUACAAAUUCCGAUGCUGCAUGUCGUUACACAUCACAAGAAAUUAUAAAAAUGCUACAAACAGAUUCUAAAUUAGGUUUAAAUGAUAAUGAAAUUCAAACAAGACGAAAAUAUUAUGGUGAUAAUGAUUUUGAAAGUGAUGAAGAAGAACCUCUAUGGAAAAAAUAUUUAGGACAAUUUAAAGAACCAAUGAUUUUACUUUUACUUGCGUCAGCAUUUAUUUCAUUAGUAAUGAGACAAUAUGAUGAUGCAUUAUCAAUCACUGUAGCUAUUAUUAUUGUUGUUACUGUAGCAUUUAUACAAGAAAAUCGUGCUGAAAAAGAAAUUGAAGCAUUAAAACGACUUAUACCACCUAAAUGUGUUUGUAUACGAGAAGGAAGAAGUCAUCAUAUUUAUGCAAAAGAUUUAGUACCUGGUGAUUUAUGUAUCUUAGAAACUGGUGAUCGUAUACCAGCUGAUUUACGUUUAACUGAAGCAAAUGAAUUAUCCGUUGAUGAAUCAUCAUUCACAGGUGAAACAAAACCAUCCAUUAAAACAGUAGAUCCAAUUGAAUUUGGUUCAAAACAAACGUCCAUUAGUGAUCGACGAAAUAUUACAUUUAUGGCUACACAUGUACUUAGUGGAAAUGGAAGAGGUAUUGUGAUAUGUACAGGUGAAAAUUCAGAAUUUGGAAAAGUAUUUAAAAUGAUGCAACAACAAGAAGCACCAAAAACACCAUUACAAAAGAGUAUGGAUGCAUUAGGAAAACAAUUAUCUUUUUAUUCAUUGAGUAUUAUUGGUUUUAUUGUUAUGGUUGGAUGGUUACAAGGCAGACAUCUUCUUGAAAUGUUUACUAUCGGUGUUAGUUUGGCAGUAGCUGCUAUUCCUGAAGGUUUACCAAUAGUAGUAACUGUCACAUUAGCACUUGGUGUUCAACGUAUGGCAAAACGCGAAGCUAUUGUUAAAAGAUUACCUAUUGUUGAAACACUCGGUUGUGUAACAGUGAUAUGCUCAGAUAAAACAGGAACAUUAACAAAAAAUGAAAUGACUGUAACAAAUAUUCUAACAUCCGAUGGAGAAAUGGCUGAAGUUACCGGUUCAGGUUAUAAUGGUGAAGGUGAUGUCCUAUGUAAUCAUGAACGUGUUACUUAUGAUUCUCAUCCAAUAAUUUCAAAAAUAAUUGAAGUCGGUGCUGUUUGUAAUAAUGCUGAAAUCAUUAAUUCACAACUUCGUGGUCAACCAACUGAAGGUGCUUUAAUUGCUGUUGCUAUGAAAAUGAAUCUUCCUCAUCUUCGUGAACAAUUCCAUCGUGAACGUGAAUGGCCAUUUUCACAUGAAAAUAAAUGGAUGGCUGUACAAUGUUCACCAAAAUAUAAUCUAAAUGAAAUACGUUUAUAUGUAAAAGGAUCAAUUGAACAAAUAUUACGAUUAUCUAAACGAUAUAUACAUCAUGGUACAACUGUAGCAUUAAGUGAUGAAAAAGCUCGAGAAUUUAUUAUGGAUUCAAAUCAAAUGGCAGCCAAAGGACUACGAAUUCUUGCUAUGGCAACUGGAACUUCACUUGAAGAUUUGACAUAUGUUGGCAUGGUUGGAAUAAUUGAUCCUGAACGUCCACAAGUUGAAGAAGCUGUUUCUCAAUUGAAAACAGGUGGUGUUAGUGUUAAAAUGAUAACAGGCGAUGCUGAAAAAACAGCUAAAGCAAUUGCUACUCGUUUAAAAAUAUAUGAUAGUACUGAUUUAUCUGUAUCUGGUGAAGAUCUUGAUCAUAUGAGUGCAACUGAUCUUCAACAUAUUGUUUCACAAGCAACAAUAUUUUAUCGUGUUAGCCCAAAACAUAAAGUAAAAAUUGUUACAGCUUUACAAGCACAAGGACAUAUUGUUGGUAUGACAGGUGAUGGUGUGAAUGAUGCUGUUGCACUUAAAGCAGCUGAUAUUGGUAUAGCUAUGGGACAAACAGGCACAGAUGUAUGUAAAGAAGCAGCUGAUAUGAUUCUUGUUAAAGAUGAUUUUUAUACGAUAAUGGCAGCGAUUGAAGAAGGUAAAGCAAUAUUUCAUAAUAUAAGAAAUUUUGUACGAUUUCAAUUGAGCACGAGUAUUGCUGCUUUAAGUUUAAUAACACUUUCUACAGUUUUUCAUUUUCCCAAUCCAUUAAAUGCUAUGCAAAUUCUUUGGAUUAAUAUUAUUAUGGAUGGACCACCUGCUCAAAGUCUUGGUGUUGAACCUGUUGAUCAUGAUGUAUUAAAAAAACCACGAAGAAAAGUAACUGAUUCAAUGAUUGAUCGUCCUUUAAUUAUUCAUAUAAUUACAAGUGCAGCUAUCAUUGUUGUUGGAACUUUAUGUGUAUUUUAUGCUGAAAUGAGCGAUGGAAAAGUAACACCAAGAGAUACAACAAUGACAUUUACAUGUUUUGUAUUUUUUGAUAUGUUUAAUGCACUAAGUUGUCGAUCACAGACAAAAUUUAUUUUUGAAAUUGGACUUUUCUUAAAUCGAUUUUUUGUUGUUGCUGUAUUUCUUUCAAUUCUGGGACAAUUAGCUGUUAUUUAUUUACCUCCAUUACAAUAUGUUUUUCAAACAGAAGCUCUUAGUGCUGCAGAUUUAUUCUAUCUAACAUGUUUAACAUCAUCUGUAUUUCUUGUUAAUGAAUUCCGUAAAUUAAUCUCGAGAAUUUUUCUCAAACGUCGUAAUAAUCAUAGAAAUAUCGCAAAUAAUCAAUGGAUGGUUUAA